CGGGGCGCCAUGGCGGCCCGCGGGCUCUUGUGGCUUGCGGCGGCGGGGCUAGCGCUGGCCGAGCCGCACUACCGCCCGGAUUGGGCCAGCCUGGACGCGCGGCCGCUGCCGGCCUGGUUCGACCAGGCCAAGGUGGGCGUGUUUGUGCACUGGGGGGUGUUCGCCGUCCCGGCCUGGGGCUCCGAGUGGUUCUGGUGGCACUGGAGGGGCGAGCACCGCGCCGACUACGAGCGCUUCGUGCGCAGCCGCUACCCGCCCGCCACCACCUACGCGGACUUCGCGCCCCUCUUCACCGCCCGCGACUUCCAGCCCCGCGAGUGGGCCCGGCUCUUCCAGCGGGCCGGCGCCAGGUAUGUGGUACUGACAGCGAAGCAUCAUGAAGGCUUCACAAACUGGGGGUCACCUGUGUCCUGGAGCUGGAACUCUGUGGAUACGGGGCCUCACCGAGAUCUUGUAGGAGAGCUCGGACAAGCUCUCAGGGAGAGCAACAUACGCUAUGGACUGUAUCAUUCUCUGUUAGAGUGGUUUAAUCCACUCUAUCUAGCUGACAAAGAAAUUGGCUUCAAGACCCAGAGCUUCGUUUUACAGAAGACAAUGCCAGAACUUUAUGAUCUUGUCUUAAGAUAUAAACCAGAUUUGAUUUGGUCGGAUGGAGACUGGGAAGCUCCGGAGUCGUACUGGAAUUCUACCUCUUUCCUUGCCUGGCUUUAUAAUGAUAGUCCUGUCAAGGACACUGUUGUUGUGAAUGAUCGUUGGUGUAAUAACUGCUCCUGCCAUCAUGGAGACUACUACAAUUGUGCAGACAAAUACAAACCAGGUACCCUGCUGACUCACAAGUGGGAGAUGUGCUCCUCUAUUGACAAGCUUUCCUGGGGGUAUCGAAGCAACAUGCAUAUUGAUGAGUUAAUGGAUGAAGCAAGUAUCAUUGAGGAACUAGUGCAGACUGUGAGUUUUGGAGGCAACUACCUUCUCAAUGUGGGCCCUACAAAAGAAGGGGUGAUUGUUCCCAUCUUCCAAGAAAGACUUCUGGCACUUGGGAGGUGGCUGGAUACUAAUGGGGAGGCAAUUUAUGAAUCAAGGCCAUGGAGAGUACAGAUGGAGAACAGCACAAGCAGUGUCUGAUUUAGUACUCUCUGAAGCUUUGCCAACAGAUGUGGAUGGCUUUUAGGAAAUAUCCUACAACUGGAGUGCUUAGUUUCUGCCCCAAGUGUUAUGUAAGGAAUAUCUUACUGUGCACAUACAGUUGGAAAGAAGAGAAUAAAAGUCAGGACAUCAGCCAUUUUUGCUUAAUUAAAAAGGAACACGUCUUCCUUAAAAAAAAAUCCAUGCUGUUGCUGUCAGGAUUGUUUAAGUAGUGGUCCUGGCUAGUUUAAGUUGCAUAAGUGUACUUUAUUUAAGCUCAUGCAGUCUGUGAAUUUAGUGAUAUUUGCUUUUAAGCUGUUAUAUAACAGUACUGCUCACUGUUACCCAACUACUAUGUCUUACUUGUUGAAAAAGGCAUAGUAGGUGAGCCAAGAGCCAGAAACACUAAAAAAAAGUUGUUUUUUUUUUCAAGUGUGCCCAAAUGUGUUCAGCCUAGAAAUGCAGAGCAAUAAAAAGAUCAGCAAAAGGCAGUGUGUCCGCUCUGUUGACCACAGCCUGAAGCAAGGACAGAUGAGCAAAUGACGUCCGCUUUUAGGAACCGUGUGGACUUUGUGUGGGUUUCAUCAGCCAGUGCUGACGGUAGGUCCAAGUGACACAUUUUGGAAUGAGAGGAAAAUAGGUGACCCCUGCAUGGCAGCAGUAGGCAAGCCAAUGUUCUUGUGUUGUCUGGAAAGGUCAAGCUCAUGUCCGGUUCUCUCAUAUGGAGCUCUUCGUGUUGCUGAACUG